AUGUCUUCAACCACAAUGAACUGCCCCGUCGUUGGAACCACCAACACCACUCUGCCCCCUUCGCACCCAGACAUCGAUCUGAACAAGCCAGGCCAGACCUGCCCUGUCGUCGGUGCUACAACGGACCACCACCACAACCUUCACAAGCACCCUCAAGUUCCCCACCCCGGACUCUCCGCCGAGCACAACCACGACGAUGCGAAUGCCUGCCCCGUCUUGACAGGCAAGCUCGUCAACGAGCCCAAGAGCCAGCAAAUGGACGAUCAGGUCUGCCCUGUCGUAGGAACUGCCACCACGGUUCUCCCUCCCGAUCACCCUUCCACUGAGGGCAAGGCAGGCGAUGCUAUCUGCCCGGUUACCAAGGCGAGAGUUGACCACCACAAGGGGAAGCUGCAUGGGCACCCUGACGUGAGCCAUGCUAGUGUUGGGGCUGUUUGCCCUGUUGCUGGAGUCAGGGCCUCCUAA